UAAAUACCAAUUUGUUUCUUCUUCAAUGGAUAAUGAUGAUAGGGAUCUCUUUUCUAUUGUUCGUAGCUGCAACGCUACUACAUUUACUACUCCUACCACCAUUUUUGAAAAUUCACCGCCACCUCAAAUCGAAACCACUACCAAUAACAUCACAUUCACUCAAAGUGCCACACCAUUUUGCUCUGAUGAUUUUACUUUUAACCCAGAAAAAAGUCCAGUCUCUUUUUCCCCACUUAAACCAAAUGACUUCAUUGAUCUAGAUAAAUUGAUGAUCAAUUUCAAUCCCAUCCCCACCCCAGCUAUCACUAGUAUGCCAAAAAUCAAUACCACCACCAACACUGUCCCAUCCCCCUUGACAACCACCAUCCCCACCCACAUCACCAACAUUAACACUAGUGUUCAUGUUAUCCACACUCCCACCACUCCCCCUACCAUUACCCCCAUUAUCACUGCCACCACAACCACUAUAAUCACCCCGACCACCAUUACCCCUAUCAGAUCUGAUGCAAGCACUACCAUGACAAAAACUAGUGCUCAUGAAACCAAUCAAUAUCCCACCAAUUAUAAUUUCCCAAUACUCGCUGGGCAACAACAGAUUCAAAAAAACAUCAACAAUCAAGUGUCUCUUCCCAAACCUGUUGCAUGCAUUGAUAUCACAACCGCUCAUUUUGACCGUGCAUACAACCAUCCAUCAGUUGUACUAUUUGGAUCGAGAAAAAGAAAACAUAAUAACCAAAUGGCACUGGUAUGCUAUAUGAGGGAGGAUGAGCUUCCAAAAGACCCGUGGGCGUGGAGGAAAUAUGGGCAAAAACCCAUUAAAGGGUCACCACAUCCAAGGAGCUAUUACAAAUGUAGCACUUGGUCAGAUUGUCCAGCAAGAAGAAAGGUUGAAAAAUGCAAAACUCAAGAGAGCACUUAUAUUGUGACAUAUGAAGGAGAGCACAAUCAUGCAAAGCCAACAUUUAAUAAGAACGUUGUUGUUGGUACCUCCCAGUGCAAGUCACCAAAGACUGGAUUACACUCUGCGGAAGAAAUUGGAUCAUCUACAAACAUCACAAAGUCAGGUUCGCCUAAUGUGGUGAUGUUGCAGAUUGAUCAUCCGGAGAGCAGCAAUGCUCAGGUUCUCGCUGAUCAAUCAAAAAUCCUUUAUCCCGAAAUGGAACUAUUAGAGAGUCAAUUACCUGUUGUUGAAGAAGUUGGAUCAUCCUCAAAUGUUAGAAACUUGGGUUCACACAACAAAAUGAUUAUUGAAUUUGAUGAGCCACAAAGUAGCAAUGUUACGGGUGUUGUUGGUGACUCAAACCUCCCUUAUUCUGAAACUGGAUUCAUUGGAAGCUUUGAUGAUGAUGAUGACAUUUUGAUACCAAACAUAACAGCUUGGUCAGAAGAUUAUUUAAUGGACUUCAACCGCCUCAAUGGUGUUGCUAUAUUCCCUUAGUUUGGUAUAACCCAAAGAGCUUGCUUAGUUUGAGUUGAUUUAGUUUUGAGUUGAACUCUAAAUAAUAUAUUUUAUGGUUUUUCUUGUUGCUGCAAUCUUGCCCAAAAUAAAGAUUGUUAAUUGCUAACU